UUAAGUUCGUUAAGUUAACGAACAAAAAGUAACGGACACAUGAAUCCUGUCCUCAGGCUGAGGAGGAAGGCAGCGAAGAUGGCGGCAACCACAUCUCCUCGCUUGACUCUUUCUCUUUCUUCUUCUUCUUCUCUCCUCUCAUGGCUUAACAUUUUCUCUUUUGUCUUCUUCCUCUUCUUCAAUCCCUCCAUCUCCUUCCUUUAUGGUUUUUUUUUUUUUUUUUUGUGUGUGGAUAUUUUCCCUCUUCCUGACCAACAGCAUUACUAAUGGCGGAACGCCUCGCUGAAGAAGAGAAAGAGGCCUUGGCGGCCCUCGCCAACGCCCCUCCCCGCCGCAAGUCCCACUCUUACAGCCACCAACUUCGCACCAAUACCGGCGGCCACUACCCCAAGCGCCACCACCAGAUCCGCAACCACAGCCUCGACGACGACUGCAUCCCCCGCGCCGCCGGCAUCGACAACUUCUACGACUCCUCCGACGAUGAAUUCUACCCGUACGCCACCGCCGGUAACUCCUCCUCCUCCGCCGAGGCCGACUCCCAGCGCCUCGACCGCCGCCUCUCCACCUCCUUCGACGCCUCCGACGACGGCCGCCAGCCGCUUCCCGAGUUCGUCGCCAGCGGCGGCGACAGCGGCAUCUUCAAGGUCCCCGUCCGGGCGGGGGUCCAUCCCGCCCGUCCUCCCUGCCUGGAGCUCAGGCCACACCCGCUGAGGGAGACUCAGGUCGGGAAGUUCCUCAGAACCAUCGCCUGUACGGAGAGCCAGCUUUGGGGAGGCCAAGAGUCCGGCGUUAGGGUUUGGAACUUGGUUGACGCCUACGAGCCGGGGAUCGGAAUCGGAGGUAGGGCUCGGAGAGGGGACGAGGACUGUGCGCCGUUCUAUGAGUCCGGCAACACAGCCCCCACAUUGUGUUUGUUUGUUGACAAUGGGAGCAAAUUGGUGUGGUCGGGGCACAAGGACGGUAAAAUUAGGUCUUGGAAGAUGGAUCAGCCUUUAGACGACACUACUUUCAAGGAAGGCCUCUCUUGGCAGGCCCACCGAGGUCCCAUUCUUUCCAUGGCCAUAACUUCUCAUGGUGACCUGUGGACAGGUUCUGAGGGUGGAAUUAUAAAGAUUUGGCCAUGGGAAGCCAUUGAAAAAUCACUCUCUCUAUCUCCAGAGGAAAGGCACAUGGCUGCUUUACUAGUGGAGCGAUCAGCCAUUGACCUUAAAAGCCAAGUUACAGUUAAUGGUGCCUGUAGUAUAUCUUCUUCGGAUGUGAAGUUCUUGUUAUCAGAUCAUGUUAGAGCUAAAGUGUGGGCUGCUAGUUCUUUUUCCUUCUCAUUGUGGGAUGCUCGUACCAGGGAGCUUUUGAAAGUGUACAAUACAGAAGGUCAGAUUGAGAAUCGAGUUGACGUGUCAUCCAUUCAAGAUCAAGCAGUUGAAGAUGAGAUGAAUGUGAAAUUUGUCUCUAAAUCAAAGAAAGAGAAGUCCCAAGGAUCCAGUUUUCUGCAACGUUCACGUAAUGCUAUAAUGGGGGCUGCAGAUGCUGUUCGUCGUGUUGCAACUAAGGGUGCUGGUGCAUUUGUUGAAGAUGCUAAAAGAACAGAAGCACUGAUGAUAACUGCAGAUGGAAUGAUAUGGACUGGGUGUUCAAAUGGCUUACUUGUGCAAUGGGAUGGAAAUGGCAAUCGCUUGCAAGAUUUCCACCACCAUCCUUCUGCUGUUCAAUGCUUUUGCACUUUGGGAACACGAAUAUGGGUUGGCUACAUGAGUGGCAUGGUCCAGGUGCUGGAUCUCGAGGGGACUUUGAUUUCAGGUUGGAUAUCUCACAAUAGUCCUGCCAUAAAAUUAGUGGUAGGAGGUGGUUAUGUUUUUAGCUUGGCUACUCAUGGUGGAAUACGUGGAUGGAACAUCUCAUCUCCUGGACCGCUAGACGGCAUACUGCGUUCAGAAUUGGCUGGAAAGGACCUAACGUAUACAAGGCAAGAAAAUGUUAAACUCUUAGUCGGCACAUGGAAUGUUGGUCAAGGAAGAGCCUCGCAUGAUGCACUUGUGUCCUGGCUGGGUUCCAUGGUAUCUGAUGUGAGCAUUGUUGUUGUUGGGUUGCAAGAAGUGGAAAUGGGAGCAGGGUUUUUAGCCAUGUCUGCAGCAAAAGAAACUGUAGGACUUGAAGGUAGUUCUGUUGGGCAAUGGUGGCAGGACACAAUUGGAAAGACCUUGGAUGAAGGUUCAACUUUCGAACGUGUGGGAUCCAGACAGCUGGCAGGCUUGCUAAUUGCUAUCUGGGUUAGAAAGACACUGAGAACACAUGCCGGGGACCUUGAUGUUGCAGCUGUUGCAUGUGGCUUAGGUCGGGCCAUUGGUAAUAAGGGGGGCGUUGGUUUGAGGCUGAGAGUGUAUGAUCGCAUAAUGUGCUUUGUGAACUGUCACUUGGCUGCACAUUUAGAAGCAGUUAAUCGCCGGAAUGCUGAUUUCGAUCAUAUUUUCCGAACAAUGGUCUUCAGCCGGUCAUCUAACCUCCUCAAUGCCGCUGCUGGUAUGGUGCCGUACCUGUUUUUGUCUUUCUCUCUUGCCUUCUGCACGUAUUUAUUCUGGCUGCUUUACUCUUCUGGCUUGCCACUGGUCCUAUCUAUUACAGCUGGUGUUGCUGGUGCUGCUCCAAUCCUUCGUUCAACCAGUCAGAGUGGGGGAAUUAAUCCUGAAGACACAAGACCUGAUUUAGCUGAAGCCGAUAUGGUCAUAUUUCUGGGUGACUUUAAUUAUCGGCUUUUUGGAAUAUCUUAUGAUGAAGCAAGGGACUUCGUUUCACAACGAAGCUUUGACUGGCUUAGGGAAAAGGAUCAGCUUAGAGCAGAGAUGAAGGCUGGUAAAGUCUUUCAAGGAAUGCAUGAGGCACUCAUCAGGUUUCCUCCAACUUACAAGUUUGAAAGAGGAAAAGCGGGCUUAGGAGGAUAUGAUUCUGGGGAGAAGAAGCGCAUUCCUGCUUGGUGUGACAGGAUAUUAUACCGCGACAACCGGUCGACUUCAACUUCUAAAUGCAGCUUAGAGUGUCCUGUAGUAUGCUCAAUACUACAGUAUGCGUCUUUCCUUCCGUUUUCCUUAAUUGUUCAUCUACAGGGGCUGAGGCUUGAGGGGGCAUAUAGUUUAACUAGUUAUCACCUACUUGGCAGGUAUGAGGCCUGCAUGGAUGUCACAGAGAGCGAUCAUAAACCCGUGAGGUGCAAACUCAAUAUCGAAAUUGCACGCGUAGAUCGAUCAGUGAGGAGAGAAGAGUUUGGGAACAUUAUGAAAUGCAACGAUAAGAUAAAGUCUGUACUUCAAGAAUUAUGUUAUGUUCCUGAAACAGUGGUCAGCACGAAUGGCAUAACCCUCCAAAACCAAGACACGACGGUCUUGAGAAUCACCAACAAGAGUGGGGCAGACCAUGCUGUGUUUCAAAUUCUGUGUGAAGGUCAAUCCACAGUCCAGGAGGAUGAACAACCAUCAGAGUACCGGGCAAGAGGUGGCUUGGGUUUUCCGCGUUGGCUUGAGGUGUCACCGGCAGCAGGCAUAAUCAAGGCCGAUCAAGUUGUGGAGGUCUCAGUACGCCACGAAGAGUCCCACGCCCAAGAAGAGUUUGUGGAUGGUGGUGUCCCGCAGAGCUGGUGGUCUGAAGACACCCGAGAUAAGGAAGUGAUCUUGUUGGUGGUGGUACGGGGCAGUUGCUCCAUCGAGACAAGAAGUCACAGAGUUGUUGUGCGCCACUGCUUCUCAGCCAAGCCAAUGCGCGUCGACUCCAAAAAUAGCGCUUCUGGUAGAAAAAACCCAGGAUCUUCUUCAUCUUCUCAUCAAAGACCUGCGCUUAGGCAUACUGGCAGUGCCUCCGAUAUGGUUGACGAGCUUCGAAGUCUACGAGGUCUCUGAAGCUACAAACAGCUUUGACUUUCUCUCUCUCUCAAUUUGUGGGGAGAGAUGGAUGAUGAAUAGAAAAGACUUAACUUGUUCAAAGAGUUGUUCAUUGUUGUCAAGUGUAAUUCUUUCAGAGCAUUAGAAAUUGAGAAUGUUAAUGUAAAUACGAUGGGGGUCAAGGAGCUCCUCCUCCUCAAAUUUAUGCAUGUAAGACAACAUUCAAUCAUUUUCCCUUAUAUUUGUAGCAUGAGGCCAGCAUUUCUUCUUCUUCUUCUUCUUCUUCACAAUUCUUUUAUCAACUUCUCUAGUUGAAACAACCAUCAUUGUAAUUCUUUUGUUUAGACAAAUAUAUGUCCUUCAUUAGUAUUGUAAAGAAACAAGUAGUAGAUGCAGAAGAAGAAUCUAUCUGCUUAAUCUUCAAUACGUUCUGAAGACUCUUUCUAGCAGCUGUUGGUUUAUAAUUCAGAAUGAAUAUAUACUUCCUCGCUCUCUCUAGUUCUUGCUUAAUAGCACUAGUACCAUGUAAAAGCU